CACACUCUCUCUUUCUCACUCUGUCUGUCUCUCUCUCUGUCUCAGACACAAAAAAAGGCGUCUUCCAUUACAAGCCUCCGAGGAACAGGCGGCGAGCGUCCGUGGCAGCCAUGGCGUCGGAACCAGGCACCCAGUCAAGGGUGAUGUUUCAGACCAAAGAUGAGGAGCCCCCCCAUCGCAAGCUGGGCAAACUAACAGUGAAAUACAACCGUAAAGACCUCCAGAGGAGAUUGGACAUUGAGGAGUGGAUCGACGGGCAGCUGCACCUGCUUUACGACUGUGAGGAGGAAGAAAUUCCUGAGUUAGAGAUUGACAUUGAUGAACUUCUGGAGCUCUCAGAUGAAGAACAGAGAACCAGACUACAUGAGCUUUUGCAAGAAUGUGGAAAGCCAAAGGAGGAGUUUAUCAACGGGUUACUUUAUCGGAUGAAGGGGCUGCGCAAGAUGUCAGGGCCUCUCAAGAAAUAGUCCAAGGUCAAAAUCCACAAGCAAGAUAAUGUGGAAAAAAAAAAAUCCAUAUUCACUUGUAUAGAGUUCGAUAUCUGACAAUGGAAUUAUGUAAAAACACCACAUUUUCUUUGACAAGUUGGUCAACAUGGGAACUGUCCAUAAAUAUCAUUUUUAAAAUAUAUACUGUAUUAUCUUGUAUGUACAUUUCUGACAUUUCUUCUAGCAGACAUAGGAUUGCAUUACAUCAUACUGUAGAUCUAAGUGUACUCUCUAUUACUCCAUUUUUUUGUGACUUGUAAAUUUUUGGUUGCCUAUUUAUAUGUUUAUUGUUCUGGAAAGCAAUGUAUGUGAUCAUAAAGAAGACCCCUUUUCAAAUGUA